AUGGUCACUGUUCUUCCUCCUCGCUCCUGCGUGCCGGCGCCACUCAGGGCAACACGUAUAGGGACAAGAAGGACGUUCCUGAAACAGUUUCCGAUUUGGAUACAUCUAUAUUCCGAACGCUGUAGUCCCGCGCUUUCGUUUUCUCGCUGUCAAUCUGGCUUGAGCAAAAGGACGCAUGUGAUUGACGGUCGAGCACGUUUAUCAAAUCUAUGGAUUCCCACUGGCGGAAUAGCUGAAUCUGCAGCAGAAGAUUCCCACUCCAGGCUCCUACGAGCUGGCUUUUUACGCCAGGCGCACUCAGGCCUUUAUCAUAUGUUGCCUUUAGGGCGCAGAGUACAAGACAAGUUGGAGGCACUUAUAGACAAGUAUAUGUCAAAGCUAGGAGCUUCAAAACUAGCUCUGUCUUCAAUAUCAUCUGAGGAAAUAUGGACCAGAAGUGGCCGUCUGAAGGGUACAAAUUCGGAAAUCUUUCAAUUCAAAGAUAGGAAGGGCGCCGGAUAUCUCCUCUCCCCGACGCACGAGGAGGAGAUUACAUCUUUAGUUUCGAGCACAGUAAAAUCCUACCGGGAACUUCCUGUCCGUUUAUACCAAAUCACCAGAAAAUAUCGGGAUGAGUUACGGCCAAGACAGGGUCUUCUGCGCUCCCGAGAAUUUGUAAUGAAAGAUCUAUAUACUUUUGACUACAGUGCUGCUUUUGCUCUUGAAACUUAUCACGAGGUCCGAGAGGCAUAUGCCAAACUGUUUGAUGAGCUUAAGAUACCAUAUUUGGUUGCUGAUGCAGAUUCGGGCGAUAUGGGCGGAAAUUUAAGCCACGAGUUUCAUUUUCCCACUUCGAAGGGGGAGGACAACGUCAUCAGCUGCACCACUUGCAACUAUGUGGCCAAUGAAGAACUUGCAGAGAGUGCAGUACAACCAUAUGGUGGCUCGGGUCAAGAAGAUUUGAACUCUCUCGAGAAUGAGAAUGCCAAGGCACAAGGUGAAGGAAAAUCUGCAAUAGAACCCCGGGUGUGGCGUGGGAUAUCUCGGGAUAGGAAUACGCUAAUCAAUAUUUGGUACGCCUCUGGGUCCGAUACUUCUCGAGGUAUGCCAGGCCAUCCCGAGCUCAACUUGCACGCCGUGAAGGCAAUUUUACCAGAGUUCGACGCCUCGAUCGAAGACCCUAUGUCACUUUGGACACGUACUGCCGGUAUUGCUUCAACAAAGCAUGAGGUGCUCAGGCUUGUGAACCUCGUGGACUGCCGGUUACCGUAUCACAGUCGCGUGGAUAUCGAAUCGCAAAAUCCUCGGCUGCCUUUCUGGCCCGAGGAAUUGAAUUGUCAGUUUCCACAUAUUAAUAUGGAAACCCUGUCUCGGAAUCCAUUGACAGGACGACCCCUCAAUCUCCUUCGGAUCAGAGAUGGAGAUCCGUGUGCUCGCUGUUCUGCUGGGGUAUUGAAAGUUCAGAAAGCCAUUGAACUGGGGCACACUUUCUACCUUGGCACUCGCUACAGUGACCCCUUGGAUGCCACAGUUACAGUGCCAGGGCAUCUUUUGAAGGAUAAAGAUCAUAGCCUCAUUUCUUCCGCGGAACGGAGCGAUUCGAGUCCGGAUCAGAAGGUCCCUAUGCAAAUGGGAUGUCACGGAAUAGGGGUCUCACGUAUGAUAGCUGCGGUGGCAGAUACUCUUGCCGAUGAGAAAGGUCUCAAUUGGCCCCGGGUCAUGGCACCUUUUGAGGUAGUCGUUGUACCUGGCAAUGGUCUUGAUCAUGCCGCGUCUGAAAUCUACGAUGCCCUCUCUUCUAUCCCAAGCACCUCUGGCAGGCCUCAGCUCGAUGUGAUACUAGACGAUCGCACAGAGACCUUCCCCUGGAAGAUGAGGGAUGCAGACUUGGUCGGCUAUCCGGUUAUCGUUGUGGUAGGCCGAAGAUGGAAAGCAGACAGAAUCUGCGAGGUUCAAUGCAGAAGAUUGCAGGUUCGUCAGGAUCUACCUUUGGGUGAAAUUCGGCCUUUUGUAGCAUCUUUACUAGAUAAGCUAUAG